CUUAUAUAAUGUCGCUUCUUAAAACAAUUACAAUACUGCUAAUGACAUUCAAAAUGUAUCAAGGUGGAACAAACCAACAUGGAAUCUUAGAGAAACUUGAUCAAUUCAAAAUGAAAAGAAGAGAGACUUUCGUCGUUACUCCACCAUUUGAAAUGAAUAUUGAAGCUCCUAAAUUUUUUUAUGACGGUAAUGAAAGAUAUGACGCUAAUAAAAAUUGGAAACCUGUUUAUGAUUACGAUGCCAAAAACCAAAAAGAAAAUAAUAAAUUAGAAGAUACAGAUGAAGUUCCCGGUCACGAAGAAGACAUUUUUAUGAAACUUAUGAGUAAACAAAACCAAUUAGCUCAGAAAUUAGCUGCGCUAUUUGAUCAACCAGAUAAUAACAACAAUAAGUGUUAUAAAGCAUCGAAUUGUAACGGGAAACAUGGUGCAGACCCAUUAAGAACAGUUAAUAAAGGAGAUUGUGUAAUAGAAUUGAAUUGCUUCGCUCUAGGAGACUAUGAUGAACCAAAUCAAGAAAAUAACGUAAAUCCAGAAAAUAACGAAAAUCAACAAACCCCAGAAAAUAACGAAAAUCAACAAAAUCCAGAAAAUAACGAGAAUCAACAAAAUCCAGAAAAUAAUGACAAUCAGCAAAAUCAACAAAAUCCAGAAAAUAACGAAAAUCCAGAAAAUAACGAGAAUCAACAGAAUCCACAAAAUAACGAGAAUCAACAGAAUCCACAAAAUAACGAAAAUCCAGAAAAUAACGAGAAUCAACAGAAUCCACAAAAUAACGAGAAUCAACAGAAUCCACAAAAUAACGAAAAUCAACAAAAUCCAGAUAAUAACGAGAAUCAACAGAAUCCAGAAAAUAACGAAAAUCAACAAAAUCCAGAAAAUAACGAGAAUCAACAAAAUCCAGAAAAUAACGAAAAUCAGCAAAAUCAAGAAAAUAACGAGAAUCCAGAAAAUAACGAAAAUCAACAAAAUCCAGAAAAUAACGAAAAUCAACAAAAUCCAGAAAAUCAAGAAAAUAACGAGAAUCAACAGAAUCCAUAAAAUAACGAAAAUCAACAGAAUCCAGAAAAUAACGAAAAUCAACAGAAUCCAGAAAAUAACGAGAAUCAACAAAAUCAAGAAAAUAACGAGAAUCAACAGA